UGGUCGCAGGGGAGUGAAUAACAAGCGCACCACGGCUGAACUGACUGGAGCUUAAGUGACCGAAAACAAAAGUAACGUCAUAUUUCUACGAUAACAAUAUAUUCUACUGUUAACUGAAGGAGCACGACAUCCAUUUCUUGACUUCGACUGAAUUACAACAUUAGUCUGCUUAGCUGUUUGCUGUUUUUCCACGUCGCUAUCAGAUGUCUCUAGCGUUAACGGUAACUCGAAGUGCACUUCCAUGUCGUAUUUGUAACGUUAACGUUGUCGUAGCUAACGUUAGCUUACAUCCAGCGUUUGUGCGGCGUUAAGUUAAGUUAAACUACAACAAAUAUUAAAUACCAAAAGGUCAGAAAAAAAAAGACAGAGAAACUGUGGCAAGAGUAUAUAUCUGGCUGCGAAGACGUCUCUGGUCUGGCUGUCUGUCCCAGACAUUAAGACAUGGAGGAAUGUUUGGAUUUAUUCCGGCGUCAGACACCGACCUCGGCUACAGUAACGGCACCGUCAAGAUUAUUUUCAGGGUUAUUCCCUGUUCUUCUGGAGAUCCUGGAAGAGAUCUUCCUCCAUCUUCCCCCUGAUCAGGUGGUGUGUGUGUGUCGGUUAGUGUGCUAUCAGUGGAAAGAAGUGGCUGAUAGUGAAUCUCUGUGGAGAGAAAGGUGUCGAAGGGAGGGAUAUCUCCUCCAUGAUGGUUCCAGAACGCCCCAGGACUGGAGGUUGUUUUAUUUCUUGUGCAAGAAGAGAAGAAAUCUUCUCAAGAAUCCAAGAGGAGAACAAGCCCUGAAUGGCUGGCAGAUUGUGGAGAAUGGUGGUGAUGAAUGGGCUGUACAUGGACUCAGAGUGCCACAUCCAGAUGAGACGGUCAGGAACAACUUUGUGACCUCUUUCGAAAUGUGCAAGAAGUCGCAGUGUAUUGAUUUGGAGAAGGAAGGUUAUAACCCAUCUUUUAUGGAUCACUUCCAGCCAGACAUCAGGAUAUCAGACUGGUAUGCCCCAAGAACAGACUGUGGCAGUUCAUAUCAUAUCCGAGUAGAGUUGCUGAAUCAAAGUGGGAAGCCUGUUCAGAUAUUUGCUCCUAAGACUAUUUACAUUGAGCAGUGGACUGAGGAGAAAUGGAAUCAGAUGACCCAUGUAUUCAAGAACUACGGACCAGGAGUAAGAUACAUCUGUUUUACCCACGGAGGCAAAGACACACUGUUCUGGAAAGGAUGGUACGGAAUUCGUGUUACCGACAGCUGCGUUGAGAUAUGUCCAGCAGUCGACACGUAGCUCUUCGGGAUUCAACCAAUGCCCGCUUCCUGCCUUUAAUUGCAAAAUUGCACCAGGUCUUAUUUGCCUUAUGUAACCUGCAGUCAUUUUACAUGUUAGAUAAAUGUUUAUGAAUACAUACCGCAUAUGCAUCACUUUCUUUAUUACAUUUAAAUAUCCCAAUGUCGCACCUGAAGAAGAUGUCCAGCAAAGGACACAUAGCACUCGAGGAUUCAACUGCCUGCCUUUACCUGAUAUUGCACCUAUCUUACCAGCCACAAAAACUUUGGCUGGUAAUGAUUUCACCUAUGUGUGUGUCUAUGUGUGUGUGUGUGUGUGUGUGUGUGUGUGUGUGUGUUUUAUCAUGACAAAAUGUGGUCCUGGAGACAUCUAUUGUACUUCUGUCUUUGGAUAGAUUUUUGUCAGUGCCAUAGGAUCAAAACUUCGCAAUAUACAGUCAUGAAAGUGACAAGUGUGUCAAGAUAGAAAAUAGAAGCCGCAGUUAAAAGAUAGGUGUGGUCCAUCCGACACAUAAAGUACUGAUGUAAUAAUGUAGGAAUGUAUGCACAACUAUUAGUUUUUGCAUUCUUUAUGAAAUGUUUCAUUCCCCCUAUUAAGAAAAUAUAUCAAAUUCAUUCACUCUGA